UAUGGGGGAGGGAGUAAGUCCCCAGGUGCUGCAUAGCAGAAGACAAGUCAAAAGGCCUGAGAAGAAUGGGGAGGUGUUUUAUUCUCGAAGCUGAAAAAGCCGUUUGAGACACAGGCUGUGUCUGAUGCCAGACAGUGUGUAUGUUCAGCAGGAAUUAAAGCUGCGUCACACAAUGGACACUUCAAGAUGGCGGGGGCUGCUAAGGAGACUGCCAGAAGUUACACUCUGGGGAAAGCUGAUACAAUAUCCCAGACGACCAUGCAGGGUUGUGUUCCUGAAACCGAAAGCUCCACAGAAGGGAUGCUUUUGGAGGAAGAGUGCAUGAGGGGGGUGUUGGUGUUAUUUGUUCAGGGGAAAAAAUCUCCAAAGCAGGAGGAGCAUGGGGAGCUGACUGUCACGUCAUCCCAACCAUCAUUGCAACCAGCAGAUGGUGCUGCUGAGUUCGAAGCAGUGGAAAGUUUUUCCUGUGAGAAGUUUGGACAGAGUCCAAAGGCCAGGAAGAUAGAAACCCAGCUCAUGCAGUGUGGCUGUUCUGUUUAUGGCAACGAACAGCGUGCAACCAUACAGAAGAAUGAAAGCGACAUUAUAAAUGGCUUGUUCUUCCUGUGUUGUGAUGUUAACAUGGUGGGUGGUGGGAAGGUUGGAGAGACAUGAAAUGUUAUGUCUUAUAACCUUUUCUUUUCAUGCAGGAUGUGUGCAUGGGUCUUCCAGAUUGCUGAUGUCUGACACGAAGAUGGUCCAGUGUACCGAAUGUGCUCAGGACAAAGCAAAAGGGGGAGGCAAUAUGGGUAUCUCACAGAGGCGCCCUAUGGGUAAUGGAGAUUCUGAUGUGUGGGUCCAGAAGCAACAGAGUGAUACGCUCUGCAAACAUAGUUUGCAAGGCCUUUCCCUGGAUUCAGACAAGUUCUGAUAGGGACUGUGACAAGGUAAACCCAAGAUGUGCAAAGGGACCGACAGAUGGGUCUGACGUGUGGGUGGAGGCGUCAGAAGGCAGGAAGCAUAGAAUUCUUCCUCGGGUAUGGAGAUGGCUUGUACAAAGUACUGAGGCCUCAGACCAAGCUGAGUUUACUCACUAGGGAUGUUGAGUGCAGCGCAAAAUGGGGAGGAAAUGUGUGUGUUUUCCAAGGCUACCCCAUUUUUGAAGGCUCAGAUACUGAGUCUGCUACUGUUGCUAAAAGUGAGGUGAGCUCCACUGAUACAAUGAAAGACGUGCGCCUGGUGCGCAGAUCGGAGACAGCUACCACCAGGCAUGCUCAGGAGUUUGCUAACACAGCUGUAGCAGAUUUAACUGUGGCUAGUAGCUUGACACAGGCCUUGGAACCCGAAGUCUUGAAAGGGGUACAAAUCAUCCUCUCUCUUCCCUAACCCUGUAUUGCAAGGGGUUGGACUAGAUGAUUCUUGGGGUCCCUUCUGGCUUGGCAAUUCUUUGAUUCCAGCUGUCCAUUGCUGUUUCCUUCACUUUCUCUUGCUGCUCACCAAGCACUGAGUUUCACACUGGCUUCUUCCGUUCUCACACCUUUGCCAAAGCCAGCUGUGUGAUGUCAGAACCUGGGCCCACCUGUUUUGUGACAUCAUGGAUACCAGGAAAACAUGGUGGAGGAGCUGGCAGAAGGAUGAGCCGGUGGCUUCUCCUCAUUCUGGCCCUCGCUGAUUUCCGGCCCACCCAUGCUGGAGACACUACUUGCAAGGGAGCCUGUGGAAGACGUCCGCUGGCGGUCAGUCAGUACUUGAGGAAGGUCAUGAGUGGCACUGACGUCCUGCCAGGAACAUGGCCCUGGCAAGUCAGCUUCCAGUACGCAAGCCAAGCUGGGAACUGGGUCCAUUUCUGCGGAGGUUCGCUCAUCAGCUCUCGCUGGGUCCUCAGUGCAGCCCACUGCUUGAAGAUCAAGUCGUUGAGAAAAGCCCUUAAGGUGGUGGUUGGCAUCACCAAGCUCUCACAUCCUGGCCCCAAUGCCCAGCACCGCUGGAUAAAGAGGGUGGUGGACUACAAACUCUACGAGGACGACGAGGCGCUUCGCUACGGCCUCUCCGUGGUGGAGCUGGUGGAGCCGGUCCGCUGCAGCGACUACGUCCAGCCGGCCUGUUUGCCUGACGACAGCGUGGUACUUUCGAUGCUAACUCAUUGCUAUAUCAGUGGCUGGGGAGACAUGGGUGAGGAAAGUGAGAGGCCCAGGACCCUCCCCAGCACUGCCACAAAAGCAGCCCCCUGGCAUAAAAUAUCUGGCAUCCUGCAAGAAUCAAAGGUGAAACUCCUUUCCCUAAAAACCUGCGGCAGCAAGAGCAAGCGGAAGCGGAAGGAGGCCGAUGAGAUCCUGUGUGCUGGACACGAGGAAGAAGGAGGCGACAACCCCUGCGAGACCGACGUUGGUGCCCCGCUCAUGUGCCGGGAACCGAGGUCCGAGCGCUACUGGGUGAUUGGCGUCACCAGCUUGGCGGUGCCCACCUGCGGCCAGGUGAAGCGGCCAGGCACCUACGUCUCCACGCUGCACUACCUCCGCUGGAUUAAAAAGACCAUCAUGGAGAGCCUCUCUGCCCCCGGCCGCCAACCCCUCCUGGCACAGAGGCACACACCCAGCACAAAGCAGGACCACAGACCUCCACCCAUGCCCACUGGCAGGCCUUGGCCCAGGCCCACAAGACGGCACAUGGCUAUGUGCGCCAGGCGCACCCGGCGGGGUCCUCCACCACCGCCUAGGCGGCUGAGACAGACAAAGCGGCACCCCAAGAGGGGACGGCCCCCAGGCCAGGCCAGGCCUAGUGCCAAGCCGAACCAGGGGGCAGCACCUCCAGGCUAUGGGGUUUUUUACAGCUGGGACCAGGGCUACAUCAACCCCAGGCCUCAAGCGCAGCCACCAGAAAACAUGGAGGAAGGAGCAACACCUGGAGCUGGAAGAAGGAUGGGGUGGUGGCUCCUCCCCGUUCUGGCCCUCACUGCUUUCCGACCCUCCCAUGCCGAGGAAUCCACUUGCGACGGAGUCUGCGGAAGGCGUCCCCUGGCAGGCAGCCAUAACCUCCUCCGGGUUGUGGGCGGCAGCAACGUUCUCCCCGGAACGUGGCCCUGGAUGGUCAGCUUCCAAGUUCUGACACGAAAAGGAUACACCAAUUUCUGUGGAGGUUCCCUGAUCAGCCCUCGAUGGGUCCUCAGUGCAGCCCACUGCUUUCAGAAACCAAAGCAAAUACGAUUCAUAAGACUGUCGAUUGGCGCUCACCGUGUCUCCAAACCCGGCCCUGAUGCCCAGAGGCGCUCAAUCAAGAGGCUGGUGAACCACAAGCUCUACAAGCGCGGUUCCAACAACAAAGUGCACAACGACAUUUCCUUGGUGGAGCUGAACGAGCCAGUCAACUGCACAGACUAUAUCCAGCCAGCCUGCUUGCCAGAGGACAGCAUGGUGGUUUCCUUGCUCAAGCACUGCUACGUCAGCGGUUUUGGAAUCAUGGACUCGAUAACGGGGCAAAAGGCUGACAUCAUGCAGGAAGGUCCCGUUGACAUCAUCCCCGAGGCGAUUUGCAGCAAGCCAGACUGGUGGUCCCAGGCCAUCCUCGAGGAGAACAUCUGCGCUGGACACAUACAAGGAGGCAUAGCUACUUGCAAGGGCGACAGUGGUGGUCCCCUCAUGUGCCGGGAGCAGAGGUCCGAACGCUACUGGGUAAUUGGAAUCACCAGCUGGGGACCGUCUUUCUGCGGCCAGGAAAAGAAACCAGGGGUCUACAUCUCCACACAGUUCUACCUUGACUGGAUCAAGAAGACAACCAACAUGGACUUUUCUCAACCCAACCACGAACCGCUAAUGGCAGAGUCUCAGACUACGCCACUGCCGCCCCCAUUUCCAAGGCCACAGUCCCAACCAGUCCUGGCGCACUUUGACAAGAGACCGCAAGUGGUGCUGGCAUGCGAUGCCUCACCCUAUGGCGUCGGUGCCAUCCUGGACUGGAGGGAGAUGCCGGUGGCAUACUUUUCCCAGACUGUCUCCGCAGCUGAGCAGAACUACUCGCAGAUUGACGAGGAGGGUCUGGCAAUCAUGAAGGGAUAUGCACUGGUCCGCCGGCCCGGGAAGGCGAUGGGCCAUGUGGACACCCUCAGCCAGCUGCCACUACCAGAGACCAGCCCUGACCCAGCACCCACACAAGAGGUCAUGCCCUAG